AUGAUUGCUGCACUUGGUGUUGAAGACUUGGAAAAGACAAUAAGAAACCAUUCUCCUCUUUUGGAAGAACAUCCCUGGUUUAAAUCUAUCUAUCCAAAUAAACAGCAAAUUCUAUCUAUCUGUCUGUCCAUUCACGAAGCUCGUCCACACAAAGGCCAGUUGAAAGUAGCAGCACGGCUGCGUUCCGUACUACAUUCGGACAUUCAUCCGUCCGAAAUCGCAGUGAGUCACCGUUUUUGUAAUCGAGUUCAGGAUGCUUAUACUCUUCGCUGUACUCCUCAGGUUGAAGAGGGAUUCAGUUUUCGGAUGCUUUACUGCAACUGUUGGGAAAUCCUCGUUCCUAUGUUGUAUUCUUGGCCGCUUCAUUUUCGGACACCAUUUGGCUGCUGGUUGAGAUUUACGGAGCUAAAUUUGUCCGUGUUGACUCGUCUGUGGCACAGGAAAAAAAAAGAAGCCGUAAUAGGCUGCUUUCAGCCCAACCCAGGGGCCGUUUUUUUUUUUUUUUUUUCUCGGUCUUUCUUGUUUCUUUUUUUUUUUCUCUUCACGAUUUUCUUGUCUUUUUCCCUCCUUUUCUUUCUUUUCACUUUUUCUCUCCCUUUUCUUUCUUUUCGCUUUUUCUCUCCCUUUACUUUCUUUUCACUUUUUCUCUCCCUUUUCUUUCUUUUCGCUUUUUUUCUCCCUUUUCUUUCUUUUCGCUUUUUCUCUCCCUUUUCUUUCUUUUCACUUUUUUUCUCCCUUUUCUUUCUUUUCAAUUUUCUCUCCCUUUUCUUUCUUUUCCUUUUCUCUCCUUUUCUUUCUUUUUUUCACCUUUUUUCCCUUUUCUUUCUUUUCACUUUUUUUCUCCCUUUUCUUUCUUUUCGCUUUUUUCCCUUUUCUUUCUUUUCACUUUUUCUCUCCCUUUUCUUUCUUUUCGCUUUUUCUCUCCCUUUUCUUUCUUUUACCUUUUUUUCUCCCUUUUCUUUCUUUUCACUUUUUCUCUCCCUUUUCUUUCUUUCUUUUUGUUUAUGCUUUUUCUUUCUAUCUUUUUCUUUUACUCUUUUUUUCUUUUUUCUCUUUUUAGUUUUCAGAUUUAUCUUUUUUCUAUUCUCUUUUCUUUUUUCUCUUCUUUUUUCCCUUUUUUGUUUUCUCUUUUUCUUUUGUUCUCUCUUUUUCCCUCAUUUUUCUAUUCUUUUUGUUUUUCUCUUCUCUUUUUUCUUUACCCUUUUUUUUUUUUUUUUUUUUUUUUUUUUUUAG